CCAAAAUGUAUGCAUUAAGUUUAAUAUGAUUAUGGUGAUUAUUAUGCAUGCACAGUCAGACAGUUUGCAGCUCUAAAUACUUUUUGGCUGGGAAUCUUGCAGCUCGGUGUGAGGGGUUAAAGUGAGAUGAUGGUUCAUGUUGACAGGGAGAGAGUUACCGAGAAAGCGCGAGACACCGAACACCAGCUGCGCGCGCUCUCGCCGUUAACCGUGUAUCACUUGUAAACAGAACAGACAGCUCGAGCAACUACUCGUUUUUAAUUCAGGGAAGCCAACAGACGGAGAAAGUCGUGUUUUAUUCCGUCGAGAAUGUUUUUUGGAAGUAAAAGUUGCUAAUGGGGGGACGGUGUGUUUACCUCAGAGCUCUGAUGUUAUAUCACGUUGCUUAUCAGGAUCUCUGCGCUGUCAUCUGCUACAAGUCUGACUCAAGACGUCUUCAUGGAAUUAAUUGAUUCACUGAACCGAAUAACAUUUCGACUCAUCUUUCCAUCGGGCUUUUUCCUGCGGUGUUCUUCUCUUGUGAAGCAAUGAAAGGAAGAAAAUGAAAGGAAUACUCGUUUAAUACAAACUCUGCUCGGUGAACUACCAGAUUUCAACCAUUCGGAGGAGAAACGUUGAAUUUUUAAAGCGUGUACGGCGAAUCGAUUCAUUUUACAUGACUUUUAAGUGAGUACGUCGAUUCGACCCUUUUAAAACGACUCUUUUAAGUGAGUACAUUGAGCGACUCCUUUCUUCUGAAACGACUAGUUAGUAGAGUGAAUCGGUUCUUUCUUAUAAAACACUAUUUUGAAAGAGUAAAGUGAAUCGAUUCUUUUUGAACUAUUAUGUGUGUAGCUCGAAUUGAGUCUACGACUAUUUUGAAUAAGGAGCGCGAAUCGAUUAUUUUACGAAAGACUUAAUUAAUGCUUGUUAUGAACUUGCUUGUUUCAUGGAAUUAAUUGAUUCACUGAACCGAAGAACAUUUCGACUCAUCUUUCCAUCGGGAUUUUGCUGCUGUGUUCUUCUCUUGUGAAGCAAUGAAAGGAAGUUAAAGUUAAAAAAUUAAAUUAGAAAUGAAGGGAAUACUCAUUUAAUACAAACCCUGCUCAGUGAACUACCAGAUUUCAACAAUUCUGAGGAGAAACGUUGCAUUUUUAAAGCGAGUACGCGAAUCGAUUCAUUUUACAUGACUCUUUUACGUGAGUACAUCGAUUCGACCCUUUUGAAAAGACUCUUUUAAGUGAGUACAGCGAAUAGAUCCUUUUAAGCUACUGCUGAUAUUUUGAGUGAUUAGAGGGAAUCGUUCUUUUUAAAACGACUCUUUUAAGUGAGUACAUUGAGCGACUCCUUUAUUCUGAAACGACUGGUUAGUAGAGUGAAUCGGUUCUUUCUUAUAAACCACUAUUCUGAAAGAGUAAAGCGAAUCGAUUCUUUAUGAACUGUUAUAUUACAGUAUACAAUAAUUACUCGAAUCGAUUCUACGUCAAUUUUAAAUGAGGAUCGCGAAUCGAUUCUUUUACAAAAGACUCUUUUAAGCAAUUUGCAAGUAUUAACCAAAACACCGCGCCAGUUUGUAUUGUGCUGCUUUCGGCUAGUUUAUUUUUUAUCACUUAAUGUAAUUUAGUAAUUUAUGACAUCACAAGAUGCUGUCACAUAGAUAUAAAUCAGCUGGGUUUUAAAAGUGCCCACUUUGCAGACUAUUUCUAAAUGGCCCCUCAAAGCAGUUCAUACAGCACAAAUCAAUCAGGACUAGUUUGUAUUAAGAAUAGUUUACAUUGAUGGUCAGAAAGAAUCAAAUUAGAAGGAGUCGUGAUGCGCACAGCUACACCUGAGAAUUCAGUAGUGCAGGAUGGGGGCUAGGCAGUCCAAGGGCCCCGAGGCUGGGCCUGGGCCACUCCUGGGGGUUUGGAGACGAGCUCAGGGCUCUUUACUGCUCCGCUCGUCCGAGCGCCCAGAGAACCCAGGGGUACCUGCUCCAUACCACCGUCGCGUUGGCAUGAUUCAGGACAUGCUGCUGAAGGCGAAGGAGGGGAGACAAGAAGAGGCCAGUGAGCUGCUGAAAAGUCUGAGACAGGAUUUAGGUAUGGAGUCGACGUCUCUGGACGAUGUGCUGUACCGAUAUGCCAGCUUCCGCAAUAUGGUGGACCCCAUCACCCAUGACCUUAUCAUCAGCCUCGCUCGCUAUGUGCAAUGUACAAAAACGGAGGGCGAGUCUCUGAGUGCCAUGGAGAAGGUGUGUCGCCAGCUGACGUACCACCUGAGUCCUCAUCCACGUUGGAGGCGACAGGGUCUUCUGAAGGGAAAACCCCAGGCCAGCCUGAAGGCAGUUCUCUCCGUGUCGCCGGAUGGCACCGUGGAUUUAUCCGGGCUCCCUCUUUCACGCCGUGACGCGGAACGCCUGGUGAUCCACCUCCAGCGCAACUCUGCCCGUGUUCGUUGCGUCGAGCUGGGUUUCACCGAGCUCACGGACGAUAUGUUGCUGAUGUUGCUGCCCACCUUAUCAUCUCUGCCUGCUCUGGAGAGUCUAUCUCUUAAUGGCAACCGGCUGACCCGUGGAGUCCUGCGUCAGCUCACCGACACCCUCAAGGAGCCGAGAAGCUUCCCUGCUCUGGCGUGGGUCGACCUGGGUAACAACGUGGACAUCUUUUCUUUGCCUCAGGCUUUUUUACUGAGCCUGCGUAAGCGCUGUCCGAAACAGGGUAACUUACCCACCAUACAGGAGCAGCCAGAACAAGGGGGUGGGGCAGGGGGCGGGGCAUGUGGGACUGUAGGAUUAGAGGAGGUCGGAGAAGAUUCAGACUGAUUUCCUGGUGUUAGGGGAUGACGGUGGUGGGUGGGAGUUGAUGACCAUCAAGCUACGAGGAUAAGGAUGCGGAUUGCAAUGUUUCAGUUUGUGGGCGGAGUCAUAUUAUUAAUGGACUUCAUUUUACAAUGAUGUGUGCGUUCUUAUUCGGGCACAGAUGGAGGAAUUUACACAUGACUUGUGUCCAUACUUAAAGCCUUCAUCGUAUAUUUCCGAUGUCAGUGCACUCCACGGGCUCACAUCCGGCUCGGACCCUGGACCGUCUUCGUAGUUGUCCUGCAGUAACAAUAAGACUGGUCUGGGAAUAUCUGCGUGGUUUUUGCAAGAUAUGUAUUGAGCUCAACAUGUUUGGAAGACACAAAUGUCUUCUAGAUGUACCUGUUGAUUGAAGACUGUCCUGGAUCUCCUAAAAUUCCCUGCAAUCAAUCUGCUUUGAAAUUCUUCUGUACUGGACCAGUUGUGUUGGACAUGCAGUGUACUUGGGGUAGCAAUUAGAUAGCAAAAUGAACCAUUUAUUUGUAUGCGUUAUUUUAAUGACCCUCUUCUGAGUGAUUCUUCAAAAAUGCACAUACUUUCAUCAUACUUUCAGAUGUAUAUAUUCUUUAUUUAACCCCAAAACUGUUUUCUUAGCCAGUUAUUUUUACACUUCUCAGACAUAAUCAUGUGCCGUCUUUUGUAUUCGUUUUCACACUGGAUUUAAACACAGUUUAAUCUGUGUCCCAAUCCCAAAUGGCUUCUAAUUCUCUAUACAGUCCCCAGAAAUUAUAAAAUGAAAACUUGAUCAUUUGUGAAAUUAUCCAGUUACACAGAUACAGGUCAAGAGCCUCAGUUAGUGAUCACAUGGUCUAACAUCAGAGUGAGGGAAAAAAUGGUUUUCAGAAUCAGCUGAUCUCCUGAUCUCAACGGAAUAGUGUGAAAAACAAGAAGCAUCCAAUUGAUUGGCAGUUCUGCAUCGAAAAUGCUUCGUUGAUAUGAAUUACCAGACUGCUUUAAGCUGACAAGAUGGCUACAGUAACUCAAAUAAUCACACAAAUAAUCAAACUUUACAGCCGUACAGAGCGUAAACGCAUCUCAUAAAAUCAGCCAUUGAAAAGCAUUAGAAGAACACGGUUCACUUCUAUCAGACAGGAACAGGGUUCUGGGGCUACAGUGGGCACUGGGUCACCUGGUGAUUGUCAAGUGUCCACUGUAACUUGUUCUUUUCUUGGAGACUCUAGAUAGUAAACGCCCAAAAUAACAUUUAGAAUUCAGCCAUAGGUAGAGUUGGAAAUGGCUAACAACUUGUACAUCUUAUACCAUCUGUUUUAUUUAAAACUACAGGACGUACUAUUUUGGAAACCCGUCCUCUCUGGUAGUAAAACGUUAUUGCAAGCUAUUUAAGGAAGAAGGGAUCAUUAACUGGUUUGUGCUGAAUUGUUCUUCAAUGCAUGGAAUAAUCUCAUGUGUCAAGGUAAUAUACGCAAUCACAAAGAAUUUAAUGCUGUAUCCAAAACAGCCUACUGUAUGUAGUCUUUUCUAGCUAAACAUUUUCACAACAAGCUAAUGAUACAAAUUCCCAGUGAGGAUCGAUGUUCUGGGAUCGCAUGGUUAGCAUGUUUGCCUCGCACGUCACGGUAUGGGGUUUAACUCCAUCAUAUUUUGCAUGUUUUCUCCGGGGUUUCUUCAUGUACCCUGGUUUCAUCCCCAGUCCAAAGACUUGCACUGUAGGUAAAUUGGUAUCUCUAAUUUGUCUGGAGUGAGUGUGUGAGUGAGUGAGUGUGAGUGAGUGAGUGUGUGUGAGUGAGUGUGAGUGAGUGAGUGUGUGUGAGUGAGUGAGUGAGUGUGUGUGAGUGAGUGUGUGUGUGUGAGUGUGUGUGAGUGUCUGUGAGUGUGUGUGGGUGUGUGUGUGUGUGUGUGAGUGAGUGAGUGAGUGUAUGAGUGUGUGUGUAUGAGUGUGUGUAUGAGUGUGUGUGUGAGUGUGUGUGUGUGUGUAUGAGUGUGUGUGUGAGUGUGUGUGAGUGUGUGUGUGUGUGAUUGAGCCUAGUGGCUUCUUGUGAUGCUGUGUAGGAUUAGCGCUACAAAAGAUGGAGGGGUGGAUGGUUGGAUGGAUGGAGGGAAGGCUGUAUGGAUGGAGAGAGGGAUGUACAUAUGCAUGUAUGGAUGGAUGGAUGGAUGGAGGGAUGUAUGAAUGGAGGAAAGGAUAGAAGGAUGGAUGGAUGGACAGAAUAAUGUGCUGCCAGUCUUUUUCUAGCCAGCCAAAUGUUCAGCAAACAAAAGAUACAGCUAAUUCUGGCCUGAGUCUGUUUUUCUCUUAUAGUAUUAUUAUAUUCACUCUGACCUCCGUUGAGUUUGUUCUCCCUCUCUCCCUCUUUCUCUGUCUCUCUCACCUCAUUAGCCAUUUCUCAUCAUUAUGCCCCAUAUCUGGUUGUGAUAAUGUUUAUUACAGUUUAUCUGAGACAUACAAGAGAACAUACAAGUCCAUCUUUUUCACUAAUUCCACCCUGACACACUUGACCCAGCACUGACUGAAUUACCAGUGCAGGACUGUCAGGGUGACUCACAGCAGCACAGAAGAAUCAAACUAUACAGCAGCUUCUGACUCAAUAACCAUGGUUUUUAGCUUUCAUUUGGAAAUUCUGAAUCUGUGUUAAUAAAAAAAGGACAUGAAUGACAUUCAUUCUGAGCCCUUUUCCUAUUCUAGAAGGGAUGAGACGGUUUAAAGAAACAUGUUUUGAUAGAAUUACAUUUAGGCUACGUUUUACUGAAAGGGGGGGGGGGGGGGAUUUGUCUAAUAUUAUGAAAAUUUGAACAGUAUUUAAACAGUAAGGUUCGGGUUCGGACGUUUUAACGUGAAGAUGCGUUAUUUAAAUCAACACUCGAGAAGAGUGUUAGCCACAGAGAAGAAAGUAUUACGAGUUAAUAUCACACAAUUACGAGUUAAUAUCACACAGUUGUGACUUAAAAACCACCGCAGUGUAGUUUGGUUUGGGGUUUAAGAGAGCGCUUAGUAAGCGUGAAGCGUGACGUUAGACUCAAACCCAAAACUAAGAUAUUGUCUUACAAUACAGGCUAUUUUUUUUUUUUCUCUUGCUAUUAACGUUCACAGUACUUCUGGUGUCGAGUAGAGGUGUGUUUCUCGUGACCGGGAUCAAAAGACACAUGAGAUUGAAGUGAGGUUUUUUACUUUCAUGAUGGUACAAUCCAGCGGGUCAGAUGUGGAGCUCGCAGGAUAAACAAAGACCAAAGAACACAGAACAUGCUGCUUUAUUCGUUUCCUCAUUCUUACUAACUGUCUGUUUUGGGUUGCUGUUUUUAUUCCAGUCAAUUCAGAUGACGACUAUACAACUAGAAUCGGUUGUAGAGGUAUUAAUGCAAACCAGUUACAAUGUGAAAUCUUACCAGGAUGUUAGAGCUGGAGAGACUACAGUGUAACUUCCUGUUAGGGGUUGCUACAGCAAAUCAUCAGUUUCCACCUCUCUAUCCUCGGCAUCCUCUACACUCACACCAGUUACCUUCAUGUCCUCAUUUAACACAUCCAUAUAUCUCCUCUUUGUCCUUCCUCUUGACCUCUUACCUGGCAGCUCCAUCUCCAGCACCCUUCUACCAAUAUAACCAUCUCCCUCCUCUGUAGAUGUCCAAACCAUCUCAAUCUAGCCUCUCUGACCUUGUCCCCAAAACAGACAACCUGAGCUGUCCCUCUGAUGUGCUCGUUCCUAAUCCUGUCCAUCCUCGUCACUCCUAAAGAGAACCUCAACAUCCUCAUCUCUGCUACCUCCAUCUCUGCCUCGUGUCUUUUCCUCACUGCUACAGUCUCUAACCAAUACAGCAGAGCUGAGAACCUCAA